AUGACCGACAAAACAUUUAACAGAAGAGCUGAAGUGAAGAAGGAUUACAAUCCUUUUGAGCAUCGAGAAGUUGAAAAGCCUGUUUCAGACCUUCGAGCAGCGGCUAACAUAAUUAAAUCAUCUCUGGGUUCUGGUUUACUGGCUGGACCAUUGGCCUUUUCUAAUUCUGGAUGGGGUAUUGGAAUAGUUGGCACUAUACUCGUUGGCAUCGUUUGUGGACAUUGUAUUCAUAUCCUGGUCAAAACUUCUCGAGGCUGUUGUAUAGCAGAAAACAAGCCGUCCUUAGGCUAUGCGGAAACUUGUAAAAUUGCUUUUAAAAACGGACCCAAAUGCGUCAGAAAAUUUGCAAAAAGUGCUAGUGUGCUUGCAGAGUUUUCACUGGUUUGCACAUAUUUAGGAGUGUGCUGUAUUUACGUGGUGUUGAUAUCUGACUCUGUAAAACAGUUGGUCGACCAAUAUGUGCCAACAAUGAUAUUAAGAGUGGAAUAUUACUGUCUAAUAUUUUUGAUCCCCUUAUGUAUAUUAUGCCAGAUAAGAUAUCUUAAGUUUCUAGCAAUAUUCUCACUGUUAGCCAACAUUUUGUUAUUUGGUACAUAUCUUGUUUGCCUGUAUUACAUUUUUGGUGAUGAGAUAUCUUUUACUGACAAACGGGUAGCUGGAAACCCGGCUAGAUAUCCAGUCUUUUUAUCAACCGUAAUUUUUGCAAUGGAAGGUGUAGGUGUGGUGAUGCCAGUAGAGAAUUCGAUGAAGAAACCACAACACUUCCUAGGUUGCCCGAGCGUGUUGGUUGCUGCCAUGUCUGUAAUUGUAUUCCUGUACAGCACACUGGGCUUAUUUGGGUACUUUAGAUAUGGUGACAUACUCAGGGGAUCUAUUACCUUGAACUUGCCUACUGAGGAAUGGCCUGCAGUAUGUGCUAAAGUAUUUAUAGCACUGUCUAUAUUUUUGACCUACCCUUUACAAUUCUACGUGGUUAUUGACGUCUUUAACAGAUACACUCUGCCUCGCGUUAAAGAUAAUUAUAAACAGAUUACACAAAUAACCGCUAGAAUCAUAGGAGUGAUUUUUUGUGUGGGAGUUGGCAUAGCAUUACCGUUGCUGGAGCAAAUCAUCAAUAUCGUAGGCGCUUUGUUUUACUCUAUCCUCGGGCUCAUCAUCCCCGCUGUCAUCGAGACUAUCUUCCGCUGGAACAACCUUGGCAAAUUUAACUGGAUUCUUUGGAAGAAUUCUCUUAUAGUAAUGUUCGGGUUUACCUGCCUUAUUUCCGGAUGUACGGUUACCGUUAUGGACAUCAUUAAGCACCUACAACAAAAAACUGAGUAA